GCAAGUGCAUAUUCUUAUAAACGUUCCAAUAUUUUUUAUUUUUAGUUGGGCACGGUCGAAGAACGCAUAAAGGUUUUUUUGCUGAACACAAGGAAACCAUUGUUAAGUAUCAAAAUGGAUUACCUUGGUGCUGAAAUUAGUAAGAAGAUCAAAAGUGCUAUAAGGGCAAAGCUGGUGGAGCUUGGAGUUUAUGUCGAUGAUGAGUUGCCAGACUACAUUAUGGUGCUGGUGGCCAACAAGAAAACCAAGAGUCAGAUGGAGCGUGACCUGACCCUCUUCCUGAGUGACCACACAGUAGCCUUUGUUCAGUGGCUUCAGGAAGUGCUGGACAAGCUACAGACCAUCACACUGGCUAAAGACAAAGAAGAGGAAGAAAAGAGUGUCACUAAAAGUAGUUCAACCAAGGAGAGGGAGAAGAAAAGAAAAUCAUCAGAGGUAGGCUCAGAAUCUGCCAAAAAGGUCAAAUCAGAUGAUCCCAAGGAGAAGGAUCGCAAACGCUCAAGUGGUGAAUCUCACAAAUCCAAAAAGGACAAGGAGAACAAGAAUGCUGACAAGGAAAGUAAACAUGUAGACAAGGAAAGCAAGCAUGUAGACAAGGAAAGCAAACGCACAGGCAAAGAAAGCAAACACUCCGACAAAAGCACCAAGCACUCUGACGCGAUCCCCGCCAAAAAGAAGGACGACUCGCGCAGCAAAUCUCGCGAAUCCCGCGAACGCCGCACGGCCGAGGAGAAGUCAACACGCGAGCGGGCCGCUCCUCCGGCGAAGGCGUCCGACUCCGGCAGCGGUGCGCGGUCGUCCCGCUCGUCUCAGUCCCUGGAGCGAGAGAGCGGGGCGGAGUGUCGCAGUCAGCGCCGCCGUGGCGCCCAGCAGGCUCCGGCGGACAGUAAGAAGCACCCGCGCGUCUCUGCGCCGGUGAAGCCCACCACUGCCACGGGCGCUACCGCUGCCGCAGCGUCACCACCGCCGGAGGAGGAGGAGGACCAGGAUGUGCUCAAUCUGAGCGCUGAGGAAG